GUGGAGGAGUAGGGCAAGUGUGAAUUCUACAGCUCAAAGAGUCACUGCCUCUUCCCCAAGCUUUCAGUGCUCAGUUUGCUUGCAGACAUGGCUGACUCAGAGGAAGUCGUGGAGGAGGUGGUGGCUGAAGUGCAGGAGGAUGAGGUGGAGGUGGCCCCGGCACUGGAAGCUGCAUACACACUGACUGAUUGUUCUCGUGUUCACAUAGAUGAAGCCCCUGUGGAGGAGGAAGAGCUAGAGCCUGCCCCUGCCCCUGCCGUAGAAGAGGUGGCCCCAGAAGAGGAACCAGAGGAGGCCCCUGCUGAGGAAGAAGAGAAGGCUCCUGUCGAGGAAGAAGCGGCCGCCCCUGCUGAGGAAUCAGAGGAGGCUCCUGUGGAUGAUCAAGAGAUGCCCCCGGCCGAUGAAGAAACUCCCGCUCAGGAGGAAGUGCCUGAAGCCAAAGAACCGACCGAAGAUGAAUCCAGGCCAAAACCAAAGAUGUUCGUGCCAAAUAUCGCCCCACCUAAAAUCCCAGAAGGAGACAAAGUGGACUUUGAUGACAUCCACAGGAAGAGGCUGGAUAAGGAUCUCCAGGAGCUUCAGUCCCUGAUCGAUGCCCACUUCAUCCAGAGGAAGAAGGACGAGGAAGAGCUGCUGGCUCUCGUCAGCAGGAUCGAGAAACGGCGGGCAGAGCGGUCGGAGCAGCAGAGAAUCCGCGCGGAGAGGGAGAAGGAACGACAGGCCCGGCUGGCGGAGGAGAAGGAGAGAAAGGAGCAAGAGGAACAUCGCAAGAAGCACGACGACGACGCCAAGAAGAAGAAGGCCCUGACCAACAUGACCCAGCAGUACGCCGGCAUCCAGCAGAAGGGCGAGGGUCGGAAGGGAGCCAAGAAGCAGACGGAGAGAGAGAAGAAGAAGAAGAUUCUGGCCGAGAGACGGAAGCCUCUUAACAUCGACCACCUGCACGAGGACAAGCUGAAGGAGAAGGCCAGUGAGCUGUGGCAGUGGAUGAUGGAGCUGGAGGCGGAGAAGUUUGACCUUGGCGAAAAACUGAAGAGACAGAAAUACGACAUGAACUUGCUCCAAACCCGAAUCGUUGAGCAGCAGAAGUUCGCCAAAGGUCGCGGCAAGGGCAAGGUGGGGGGCCGGCUGAGGUAAAGAGUCGGCAGCGGGUGGCAGACGAAGGUUUCGGAGGACGGAAGACGCGAGGUUGUUCAGUUAAACGGCGGCGAUGGGAGGACGUGACUUAUUUUCGCUUCAUCGUGUGUUCAAACAAUAAACGAAUCCCUGCAUUGGCUGAGCUGCCUGCGUUUUUAGUGAACGCAUGUCGAAUUGCGACCUGCUAUUGAUGUUUUGCUGGCCCUUUAGCAUCUCAUUAAUGUAUCAUGCCCGAUACUUCACAAAAUACUUCUAUUGACUGAGGAAUAUUGACUCUGUCACUCCAAGGCUGAGUACUUCAUUACACUGUAAAGGCUGUACAGAGGAGAGGUUGAGCUAUCCAUUCAUAAUUGUACAUUAAUUGUACUUUCAGUCAAUUAUACAUCAUGUUUGGUCAGGAUGUGGUUAUUGUGGUGUUCUCUCAUUUUGCAGUCAUGCAAGUGUUGUCCUUGAGAACUACCACCACUUGUGGCAAUUAUUAAGGCUUGCUAAUACUUUGUAAUAUUAUUCUUGAGCACAACCCUGCAGGAAUUACUGUGUGUUGUUGUAAUAAACACUCCUGACUUUUCUUCACA